UUCUUUUGCAACAUAACCUUUUUUUUUUAUUUAAAUAUUUUUUGUUUUCCCUUUUUUUUUUUUUUUUUUUUUUCUUACUUCUUUUGUAACAAACAAAUGCAAAACGAGACAAUAUCAAGGUUACAAAAUCUGUCUUCGACAGUUAAAACUCCUUCGCCUCUUGGAGGAGUACAAUCACCACAAAAAGGUCAUAAUUCUGGACAAUUGGAUAAUAUCUUUAACUCUGUGAAAAGACAGAUUGAUCAGUGGGGAGAAAAUGCAAAAUGGAAGAUUGACCUUGUUUUAUUGGAUAAUCCACAUGAACAACAACAACAACAACAACUUCAUCCUUUGUUGUCCCCGCAGCAUCUGCACCCUAAUGCGAUCACAGCUCCGUCGAAUCAAAGUAAUAGUAAACAAGCCGUGAGUCUCCAUAGCGGAGAUUCGAUGACGAGCACAUUAUUGCCUGUUACUUCUACUGUUGAAUAUCCAUGGGAUUAUGUUGCUCCUACAACUAGUGAGUGGAGACAAAAUUCGGAUGAUCUACAACAAAAGUUGCGAGAAUCCAUUGAACGUCAAAAGUAUUUGGAAGGUGUGAUUUGGUCACAAGCAGAACAAAUCAAACAUUCUUCUGUGCCGGAUAAAGACGAUGCCAUCAAUACAAUGAAAAGCAUCUUUCUCAUGUCGCAAAAUGAACAGCGCGCGCAUUAUUUAUUAGAAACAGAUUUAUUACACAAAGAAAUAGAAACAUUAACCAAAAAACUCGCUAAGAUGGCCUCUAUACUGUACACGAUAGAAAACACCGAUCUCAAUGACCAUGAAACCGUAGACAAGGAAACUUUGCUUCACGACAGAAAACUCUUAUUGCGCAAACUACAUUUAGCCGAAUUAAGACUAUCAGCAAGAGAUGCCGAAAUCGAUUAUUUGCAUAAUCUAUUGGACUCCAAAAGUAACACAAGUCUUUCCCCCAAAGAAAAAAAGGCUACCCUCAACACACCAAAUACAUCAACCAACACCACUACCACCAGAAAAGUACCCUAUCUCUUUCAACAACAGUAUUCGCCACGCAGUGAGGUAAGAUCCUCUGAACAACAUCCUUUGUCCGGUCUCGAUAGUUUAGGUAUCGUGGCUGACCAAAUGCUGAGUGAUCCCGAAUUCGAUUCCACCUCACACCGUGUCUUGUCCAACGAAAAGCGACUGCGCUCUCGUCUGGACGAUAGAAGAUCACAACGUUCCAUUGACUCUGCGGCCACUCUCCUUGCUAUGCCACAGCUCAUGGUUCCCACGCGUAAAGCUGCGACACAACAGCAACCCUCGUCAUCACCAGAACAACCCUCAUUUACGCAACACAUUCCAAAAAAGCCAAGAUCCACCUAUACACGUUGGACAGAGGCUGAGGAUGCUUUACUGAGAAAGGCCGUUAAAAAAUACGGCCAUAGCAAUUGGGAGGCCUGUUCCAAGGACGUACAUGGUCGUAGCAAUAUACAGUGUCGUAAUCGAUGGAUUCGUCAUUUGGAACAUCGUAUUGAGAAGGAAGAAGAGCCUUCCUGUAACGCACGGCAAUCUCCCUCCAUUGCUUCUUUAUUAAAUAAUACACAGGAUGAACAAAAUUAUUAUUCACCCAAAUACGAAACCACUACACCAACAACAGCAGCCUCAUCGUCGUCCGGCACAUAUCAUCCCACGUAUCGACCUCCUUCUCCCAUGGCAACACCUAAAGGUGGAAAACGUCGACCUUCUCAACCUAAUAAAUGGUAAAAAAAAAAAAAAAGACAACGCAUUUUAUUUCAUUGUAUAUAUUUCUCCUUCCUUUAUUUUUUUUUUUUUUUUUUUAUUUUUUUAUACACAUAUAAAAAUAAAUAAA